AACAUGGCUUUGUCCAUGUUACUGGAAUGUUUAUGUGCGGUUGAUACCUAAACCCUUGUACCGUUCCUAAAAAUUAUUCAGCAUGCCCGCGGAGUCGCCUGUCCUCGAGGCGUUGGCAAAAACUGAAAAGGGGCAGUUGAAAUAUGACAAAAAUUGGCUCGGCAGUGGAAAUUGGAAGAAAGUUCUUGACGAGUGUGUGUCACCACCCACCCUCAGCCCUCGCGUGAUACCGCCGUCGAUACAGAAACCCGGGUCACCCAUUCCUUACGAUGACUCAUACACACCUAGUAAUAAAAAGUCGAGGCUUUCCAGCGAUGGAGAAAUUAGUUGCAACGAUGGGUACAGAGCACAGGUGUCACCCUUUGAGAUAGCUAUAGUCAAGAGUGAGAAGCAAUGGCUCACUAGAACUAAGGAGGUUGUCGCGCGGCGAAAAAAGAACCACGAUCUGUACUGGAGGGAGGUGCAGGAGAAGGCGCAGCACCAGCUCACCUCGCUGGAGGCGGCGCAGGAGAGGAACACAGACGACAUCGUGCAGUCCCUCAUGACGCAGGAGGAAGACAACGCGCGGCAGAUGUGGGAGAAGCGGCAGCGGCUACAGGAGGCAAGCAGUCACCGGCAGCAGCGGCUCGACAUGAAGCUGAAGGAAGCCCAGCAGAUGCAGGAGGACGCCGAGAUGCAGCGCAAACUGGAGGAGGAGUCCACGCAGCACAUGACGAGUCUACUGACGCUGCAGCAGCAGCUUCACCAGCAGCAUGAAGCCAUCCAGGCAUGCGUCGCCGCGUGUCGACACCGCUCUCUCAUUGGCAGCGACAAGCUGCGGCAGAUAAUGGACGCGCAGGUGCAAGCGGCGGACAAGCUGAAGAAGCUACGUUUCGAUCUCACGCGAGCCGUCAACACACCCGUCAACUCCAUCUCUCCUGCGUCCGGCGGCCACCUCCAAGACAAACUUCAUCGGAUCGCUCGUCUGCUCGACGGACAGACGGUGGAGGUGGCUGGGCGGCGCGUGUCGGCGCGCGACCACGCGCAGGGCCUCGUCUACGUGCACAACCUCUUCGCUCGCAAGAUAGUCAGACAAGGAGACGAACAGGUAGCGUCCAAUCACGAGUCGGCGUUUGCGAUCGCGGCCGUCGCCGUGGAGAUCUGGUGCAAGUUUCCGUCGGUCGGGGACCUGAUCCUGGCGCACUUCCAGCGUAAAUGUCCGUACCUGGUGCCGUACUACGUGCCUCGCGAGGAGGGGCAGACGGACGAGCAAUACUACAGGCGGCUCGGCUACAACUACAGCGACGACGGCGCCGUCGAGAAGCAGGACAAGUUUCUCGCGCGCAUGUCCGGACUCGUGCGUCUCUACGCGGCCAUGCUGACGACACGCCCCCUGGCGGCCGGCGCGGCGCACCCGCACGGCGCGCGCCACGGCUGGGCGUGGCUGUCACGCACGCUCAACCUGGAGCCGCGGCCCGACGUCACGGCGACGCUGAUCUACGAUUUCCUGCAGGUUUCCGGCCACACACUCAUGAAGCUGUACGGGCGGCAGUUCCAGAAGCUGCUCUGUCACCUCUGCCAGGACUACCUCCCUCGCAUAGAGCGCGUCACCGCGGGGGGACAGGGAGGGCCGCUCGCGCGCCUUCGCCUCUUCCUGGAGACGUGCGUGAAGUCUGGAGCGAUCCCGCCUCCGCCGGGACAGCUUCCCUACAACUUCUGGAAUACGUGAUGCGGGGAGGA